AUGAUUAAAAUUCUUAUUUUUGUCGCUAUCCUAUGUUUGGGAUUGGUUUCAGCUCGUGGUUUUGGUGGUAAUCGUCAUGAUGGUUCAAGUGAAGAAAAUAACAACAAUGUACCACUAUCCAAACUAUGUGACAAUAUUACAGUGGCUCAAACAUAUGUGACUCAACUUCAAGGAAACAUUACGGCACUGGUCAACAAUGGUUCUUUCACUACUUGGUUACAACAACAUGUACAAGAAGUGGCAUAUAUCCAAAAUGCUUCCAAUACUGAUCUUCUUUUAUCGAAUUGCACAGCAUAUUUCAGCGGCUUGUUGGCAGCUCGUGCACUUGAUCAAACUGCCCAAGAUCAACAAAAACAAUACAUGACCAUUGCCGAUCGACUCAUUGGCGAUGUCCUUCGUCAAUUUAUACGAAAAGGCAGAGGUUCUCGUCAUUGA